UUUUUAAUGAAAAUGAAAAAGACAAUAAGACAUGCAUGCUACAGUCUGGCAGUUAGUUAACUAAGCCGUCAACGAUCGUAAGCAGUGUAUGUGCCUGCCUAGCUGUUGUGUGUUGUGUGUUACGCCGAUUUAUUAUGUAGUUCAUCAGUCGCUCGGUAUUUGUAACGGUUUAAACAGUAAGGUGUCCGUACGCAUUUCUAGACCAAUAAAAUUUCGACCAUUAACCGCAAUUGCACACAAAUUAAUAAAGACACGAAGAUAGAUGCCAAAAUGUGCAUCGGUUAUGUGUAACGCAUGCGAGCAUUCAUUGUGGAUUCAAAUAACUACAUAUAAAGUGAUAAAUGUGUAAAAUAGUUAACGCGAUAAAAUAAAAAAACAAAUCACAAAAUUACAUGCAAUAAAUCGCAUUUUACAACAACAUAUGUAUAGAGUUUUGCAGCGACCUGGGGAAAAGCUCAUGUAAAUGCAGUGUUCUACGUAUGAAGGAAGGCGUCAGUCCUAAACUAAUCACACAGAAAACACAACUUAAUACAAAUAAAUUAAUACAUUUUAGUUAGUAUACACAAAACACCAGGAAGAAAGAAUUUAUCAAUAUUGAUAAUACGACAUUGUGUGCUGAAAAAUAUCAGAAAUAACCAAAACCUAACAGCGUCGUACAAUGAUCACAAGGUUAACGUCAAGCCUAAGCAAAUAUAUCUGCUCUAAAGUUAUUACACGAAGUCGACUACAAAUGUAUUACAUUGUGCUAUUUGUAUUGUCGACAUUUUUAGAUGCGACGUAUUCGAAUGAUGAGAUCGCCAGCCAUAUUAGAAAAUGCUGCGUAAGCGGUAUUCAAUACGCCGCUAAUCAGAACAACUGCCUGCACUACGAUUACGAAGUGAGCGCGAUACCGCCUUUGUGGCGUGGACUUUGCCAUUCGACGUAUGGUGUUUGUUGUUCACGGAAAUUGGAGGAGCAAUAUUGUUAUGCUGGUCGCUUAGCUGCCUUGCAGGGUACGCGUUGCGAUGAUCAAUACAAUACUACCGCAUACGCAGAUUGCUGUCGCACCUGUCAGGUGGGCUUAGCUGUAAAGGCCAGUAGUAACGAUUGCAACAAUGUGCUUUUCUCUUAUUUUGCGAAAAUCGAAUCAUAUCACAUUUGCUGUGAUGGCAGUAAAACGAAUUACAACUAUCCCGGCGCUAUAAUAGUGGAUGACAACAACGGUGAUUAUGUGAGCAAGGAGGUAAACGAUAAAUUGGGCACUAAAGCAAGUAGUUAUUUGCAUGAAUCUGAUGAGAAAGCGGAUGCGAAUGUUGAAGACGAGUUAAUUGCAAAUACUAAUGAUGGCACAAUUGUGCUUCCCGAAGAUGACGACGAUAUAUGCGGUAAAGUGAAGAAUCUGUGCGCACACAUAUGUGAGAAUACGAAGGAGGCGUAUCGUUGCAAAUGCAAUGCCGGCUACAAGUUGGAUGACAAUAAUGUAACUUGCUCGCCUGUAAGCAAUGGUACAGAUAAAAUACACGAAGAUGAAGUAUUUGAUGCUGAUGUGGAUGCGGAUGCUAACGACGAUGGUAAUGCAGAUAAUGACCUUAAAACCGAUGAAAAUUAUGAAAUUGAUGAUAACCAGCCAGAAAACACUAAUAAAGUGAAUGCAAAACGUUGUGGUAGCGGUUAUGAAUAUAGCUACGUAAAAGGCAAAUGCAUUGAUAUUGAUGAAUGUGCUAAUAAAUUGCACAAUUGUAAAAGCAGUCAAUAUUGUCAUAACACUAUGGGCGGGUUCCAUUGUUUGAGCGUGAGCUCCAAGAAAUGCGACCCAACUAAGGAGAAAUGUAAGAAUGCCUGUAGUGCUGGUUUUGAAUACAAAAAUGAUGGUUGUGUCGACGUCGACGAAUGUUUGGUAGAUGAAUAUGCAUGUGAUAGCAGUCAGAUUUGCAUCAAUGAUAUAGGCGGAUACCGAUGUGACUGCAAAAUAGGUUUUAAUCUAGAUGCUACUACGAACGCAUGUGUGGAUAUAAAUGAGUGUUCCAUUAACAACCACAACUGCCUACCAACGCAACGCUGUGACAACACACACGGUUCCUAUGUUUGCGUUAGACUUCAAAGCUGUGGUACCGGUUAUACAUUAAAUGCAGAAACAGGCAACUGCGAUGAUGAUGAUGAGUGCGCACUGGGCACAAAUAACUGUCCAGCUGAUUAUGCAUGCCAUAACACGAAGGGUUCUUUCCGCUGUUACCGUCGCACACCAUCGACUGUAGCAACUACAACGACGACGAAAGCAGCUACUGCAACUACAACGCAGUCACCAGUCAGCAAUUUAUCCAAUCCAUAUUAUCGUAAUCGCACCUCUUAUAAUGAUCCAGCCAAUUAUGCUUCGCUUCAAACCCACAGUUAUAACUAUAUACGUGAGGACGUGCCACGUUACAACGGAAUUGGUGAAAGUGGAAAUAAUCAGCUACCACCAUGUAGCAUAGGCUUUCAUCGCAACCAUUUAGGUGCUUGUGUAGAUCUAAAUGAAUGUGAUUUGAUGAGCCCUUGCAGCACACAUCAACGCUGCAUUAAUACGAAUGGUUCGUAUCGUUGUCAAAACUUGCUACAAUGCACAGCCGGUUAUAAAUCCACACCAGACGGCACGCAAUGUAUAGAUAUUGACGAGUGCGAGACCGGUGAACAUCAGUGUGCAGAGAAUCAGAUUUGUCGCAACCGCAAUGGUGGUUAUAUUUGUUCAUGCCCGCCGGGGCAUCAACUUACACGUAUGCGAAAUGGCAUAAGCCGUUGCCAAGACAUAAACGAAUGUGACCAGGGGCAUCCGCCCGUUUGUCCUUCGAAUGCGCAGUGUCUGAAUACCAUAGGGUCCUAUUACUGUGAAUGCAAGUCUGGCUUCCAGAAGAGCAAAGGCAACGAACACAUUUGUUUGGAUGUGGACGAGUGCCAGGAGAUACCGGGCUUAUGCCAACAGAAGUGUGUUAACUAUUGGGGCGGUUAUCGUUGCACUUGUAAUCAAGGCUUCGAGUUAAGUGCCGAUAACCGUACUUGCAAUGAUGUAGACGAAUGUGAGGUACAUAAGGCGUACAAACUCUGCAUGGGCUAUUGCAAUAAUGUGCCCGGUUCAUAUGAGUGUUCAUGCCCGCGCGGAUAUACGCUUGCUAUGGACAAAAAUACUUGCCGCGAUAUUGACGAGUGCGCAACUGGCGAGUUUUGUACCGGACGCAACGAUAUAUGCUCGAAUAUACACGGCAGUUACAAAUGUACCACCAUACAUUGCCAGUACGGUUAUGUCAAUGAUCCCGAUCAGAAAAAUCGUUGUCGGUUAACCAGUAAUCUCUGUGAGGGUGACGAUUGCUAUAGUAAACCAUCUGCAUACACCUAUAAUUUCAUUACGCUAGUCUCAAAGCUUAUGAUACCGCCAGAAGGUCGGAUUAUAUUUACACUACGUGGACCGCUUUGGUAUGAUGAUGUCGACUUUGAUUUGAAAAUCAUAAAAAUACAGGCAGCGGCUAACAUAGAAAAAGCGUCGGAUAAUCACUUUGAUACCAUCAAGAGCAAACACGAAGUUCACUUACAACUGAAGCGUUCAUUGGAAGGUCCGCAGGAUAUCGAACUCGAACUCAGUAUGACGGUCUUCACAAAUGGCAUGCCGCGGGGAAAGAGCGUUGCUAAAAUAUUUAUUUUAGUAUCACAGUACACCUUUUAAAAUUAGCACCAAAGCAAUAUAGUACUUAUGAAAUACAUGUAUAUUGCGUAUGAUUUGCUUCGAAAUUAUAAAAUAAAUAAUAAACCAAAAAUGUUUCAAACAUAUACAUACAUACAUA